AUGUCCUGCAUCUCCAUCAUGUUUGUGCCUGUGCAGUUUGUCGAGAAUGUGGAGAAGCAGAGUGAAGUGGAGAGCACGCCAGCACAUGACAGCGACAUCGACACCGUCGAGGACUCCAGCUCCUCGCAGGUCCCUUCUCCUCGAUCAGAGGCUUGCGAGGAAGACGAAUGCAGCGUGGUCGUGAGGAGCACGUUUAUCGGAUUGAGUGAUGGCAGCCUUGUGCAGCAUUACAGGCGUCUGCGUCGAUUCCAGACCGACUCUGUCUUGGUCGAGGUCUCUCCAGAAGAGGCAUAUGAGCCCGGGAAGUUGAGCGAUUCCAAGCUGCAGGAGAGCCGGAGCAAUUGCUCUCGCGAAGCUGAGGGGCACACGGUGGCAGGCAAGGGCUUGCUCCACGAAGCACCCUCAGCACAGCAGGUGGCACGGGUCCCAACACGAACCACAGUUAUGCUGCGGAACAUUCCUAACAAUUACACCCGGGAGAUGUUCCUGGAGUUGUUGGACCAUCACGGCUUCGCCGGGCGCUACGACUUCGCCUACCUGCCUUGCGACUUCUACAGGGACGCCAACCUUGGCUACGCCUUCGUGAACCUGGUGGAUAGCACGGCCGUGGAGGACCUCUGGGCAGCCUUCGACGGCUUCGUGGGUUGGACUCUGCCUUCCGCAAAGGUCUGCCAGGUUCGGUGGAGCGGCCCGCAUCAGGGCUUUGAGGCGCACGUGGAGCGCUACCGGAACAGCCCGGUCAUGCACAGGAGUGUGCCGGAUCAGUACAAGCCGGUCAUUUUCAAAGAUGGCGUGCGUAAGUACGAGAAGCUCGUGAGCCAUGCCAGCAAGUGCAAGGCGCUGACGGCAUUUUUCAGCCUUCAGGUGUUGCAGCGCUGGGGUGUUCCUCCAGACGGGUUUGAUGGCAUUGCGGCUUGUUUGUUGCCGGAGCCCAUAUCCGAGCUCGUGCUUCAAGGCAUGUGGGAAGGUUUCAGGGUCCCUCCUGCUGUUCAGGCAGCUAAGGGCCAGCACGAGGUUUUGCGUUCAGAACCUCUGGACUUGCUGGAAGUGGAAGGUUUUCUCCAAAAUCUUCGUCGAUGGAGUCCCGUUGUCUUGAGCCAGUGCAAUUCAGAAGAGGAACGUGCUGGAGAACAGAUGCAUCUGGAAGCCUUUGCGACGUGGCUGCGACAGCUGUUGUUGUAUUUUCGGCCAUAUUUUGCAAAGGAGGCUGCUGAUUUACAGGCUAAGCGGAGGCCAGACUUGUCCGGCCAUCAGCGGUACUCCCAUUCCCAGCUGCUUGGCAUGGUCUUGUUUGCCUGGCACUUGCGAGAUUCAGUUGCCUUGACAGAUGUCAUGCCUAGUGCGUUGCAAGCAAUUAUGCCAGAUUUUUUUGCACUGACAAGUGUGGCGAAAGGCGUACAGGUGCUGAAACAAAGCAAAUCACUUUUACGGAAUGCCCAGCUUGGAGUAGACAUAGCACUUAUGCUUGUGAGACGCAGACAGCUGCAAGCAUCCGGGCCUUCAGCACGUUACGGGUGGGCAGAUUCGUCAGCUGUUGCCAAAAGCGAUUGGUUGAUAUCCAAACAUCAAGCAGUGCCAGAAAGCCGUUGCCCCGAGUUGUGGCAAUCUUGGUCUGAACUUGUGCAUUCCACAGAUGUCGACAAUGACAAUGAGCGCGAGGGUUUAGAUGCCGCUGUUGGCAGCAUGAAGGGGCUGAGAGAUUUUUUGAGCACCUUUGUCUCUUUCACGACCGAUAUGGGCACGGAGAUGGGGACAGCUUCGUUCAUUCUAGAUGAUUUGCAGAAGCUGUUGCCAGAAUGGUUGGCAGACCCGCUUCUUCUCCCGGACGUUGAUGGGGGUGGGGAAGAUGAAAACAGUGGAGCCUUUGAGGGGCUGAGUUUGUUCAUGCCUCGCGCAAUCAUCAUUCCUGGCGCAUUGCAUAUUUGCAGUAACCUAUGCAAGGAUGUUUCUGGCAAACUCAGCCAUUGGAGUCUAUUCUUGAAGCAGCUGGCCUUGUUCGAGGCUUUGCUUUGCAACCGUGACAGGCGUGAACGUUUCUUGGCCACAUGUGUUUCUGCAGAUUCAGAGGAUCGCCGGCUGUUCAAGAAUUUCAGUGGCAGUUUGUACGAGAAGCGGUGGGGGGCUGUCAUCAGUUUUCUUCGCAAACUCGUGCCCCUGUUAGUGGCAUUUGAGAAGCACUGGAACCAUGACAAAUAUCUGCACGCGUACCAUCAGAGGGACGGGGCCGGGGCUGAAGCAGAUGAAGGCGUGCGAUUUGUAGCUGCGGACUUGAGCGCUGCGCUUGGGAGCAGUAUGUUUCAUGCGUACAUUCAGAUGGUGAUGUCCUUGUUCAAUGUCGUUGAAGAUCUUUCAUCUUGGUUCGAAGGAUGCUUGAAUGAAGUGUUUAGCAAGCUGGUGAACCUCGGCAAGACUUCGUUGUUGAAGGUCAUUCAGGUCCGCAAACUUGGAGCGGAGGAUGAGGUGCUUGUGAUGCAAGAUUUCGAGGCAGGACGUAGCUACAUUCAGUUGGGUUUGCAGGUAAAGAUGAACUUCUGGAGCAAACUACCAUGGCGGCUUGCAGCGCUAAGUCACACAGAUGCAGCUGUAGCCAGGCCAGCUGCAGCCGACAUGUUGGAGACAACUGCUGGUCUGGCUGGCUUCGAGGGAGAUGCAUCCUUGGUCCAUCACCCAACGACUUUACAUUUCUUGGGCAAUGGUAGCUUGCUUCGUCCCAUGAUCCAGGAAUUUGCAAACGGAGAAGCCAUGCAUGAUUUCCUGCGGUCUGAAGCUUGCAAGCUGGCCUUCAUGCCAGUCGUUGAGCGUAGCAUCGAGGCCAAGCACUCAUUGAUAUCUCGAAGGGUGCAGAAAAACUGGAGGUCUGGCCGGAUUGUCUCAUUGACUCUGCGAGUGCCAGACAUCAAAGCAGAAAUUGCAGCCGAUGCCACGUAUCUGCAAACCUUGGUUGAAGCCUUUGCCGAGACUCGAGACCCCAUGCGAGCUGCCCGUCAGCUUGGCAUUCAAGAGCAUCCAGAUCUUGUGAGUGCCGUGUUCGACAGAUGGCACCAUGCACGUGUCACUGGCAUUGUGAACAGGAUUGUUUAUCGCUGCGACCUGCAGUCCAAGUUUGAAUCUCAUGCAGCAGUGCGUGCAGGACAUGACCGGGAAUCAGGUAAGCGGGCUCGCCUAGCACAAAAAGAAAUGCAACGGAUCGUCCAGGCUUCCCCGGCUCCCCCUGCCGGGCCACGCACCGAGGAGGAGAGAUACACGAGUAUGCUGCGACUUGCGAUUGAGGACCACUUUACUCAACUGACGUCAGCUUGUUCUCAGCCUUGCGUGUACUCUUUGGAUGUGUCCUCGGAUCCCACAGGUAGUGCACCUGCCCUCACAGCCUUAGAUGCAGCGUUCGAGGGUCAGGAGGUUGUAGGUGUUGCCAGAGCCAGAGCCACUGAUUCUCGUCUCAUUUCAGAUGUAGAAGAUGCCGCUCAGGAGCCAAAGCUCUACUUCGAAGGUGCUGAGAUUGUGCACUUUCAAGUUGUACAUGCAUCCCCAAGCAACAUGCACACCGUUCCCAUGCCACGAGCUGCAGGCACUCGUUUGACCAAGGGGCAAUAUGCCGUCUCCAUCCACUCUCUCGUUGAGGAUGGGGAUGGGUUCAGACACAUUGCUUUGGAGCCUGUUACACAGGGCCAGACCUCUGUUGCAAUCUUGUCAGGACUCGCUGCCGGUAGGUUGGAUGUUUUGCAGGAAACCUUUACGCAGUUUUCUUUGGGGCCUUUGUCCUACAACAUCAGAGGUUUCAAGGCUCAGGGUUGCUCUUGCAGCGCAGAAGUUUCGCAGCUUGUGCGUUGUUGUGCCUUCCCGGCUGGUGAUGGGCGUUGCGAAGUUCCCCUCGAAAAUGGUCGUGUCCCCAGGCAGUGGGAAGAGCUUGAAGCGGCCGGCUUCAUUGAGUGUGUGUCAGAAAAUGAAGACAACAUGAAGGAUUAUGUGUUCACCGAGGCUGGUGCUGCCGGGAUUCAAGCUGUCGUCACAUUGGUCGAACCAAAGCUUGUUUGUCAGCCUCGCAGUGACCUCGCUCUAACCGAUUUGAGUGUGUAUGAACUUAUCAAAAAGCUUGAAGAUUCCGGUUGGACUUGGUCAUGCUUGCCAACCAAAACACAACAGAAGAAGGAGCUGUGCUAUUCGGCAGACAGUGACAAGACCUGGUAUUUCGGUAGUGGCUUGCCUAGCCCUUUGUACUUGCAGUGCCUUCUUCGAGCCGAAGAGCUGCGUAACCUUGGUGUUGUGUCGAUUCCCCAUUACAGUUCCACACCUUCUACGACGUACAAGCGGCUGUUGCAGGGUGAGGCCCUUGUGACUGGCCCUGUUCGGCCACCUGCACGAUUGGCUUUGCUUGAUGAUGUUGAUGAGGGUCGGGGGUCUUUGGAGCCUUUAGAGUUGCAGCCGCCAUCAGAUUUUGUUUUCGAUGACGAGACCUCGCCAGAUGGGCCUCGAAUCCAUACAAUGGAAGAGAUCGAGGAAGCUCUAGGGUGGUUUAGCAGCCCUGAGGAUUCCGGUGAGGAGCAUGGGCGCACUCCAAGACCGCCUCUUGACGUGGAGUCGCAGCCUCCUGCUGCUGGCAGUGGUGAUGUUUCUUUGGCGCACGGAGCAGAGCCAGCAGGAAACAUGUUUGGGCACGAUGCUUUGGCCAUGGAUGUUGAUGGAGUAACUGUUGAGUCGCCGCAACGACGCCGGGUAUCCAAGCGGCAGAGGUUGGAGGACGAGAACGAGGAUGCACCGGGAACUCCAGACCGAGCAGGAGCCCCCGAUGUGGAUUCGACAGACAGCGGGCCCAAGUCCUUUGAGGAGAUGAUGGGCUGGGCCAAGAAGCUUCUGAGUUCAGCGUUGGCUUUCAUAUCCAUGAAAGGUAUGAAUGAAGCCGCUGUGUUGAAACGACUCUUCAGCGUGAAGCUCCUGGUCACGACAUCGUAUAGUGGAAUCGGUGUGCCAGAAAUUUCCUUGCACUUCUUGCAGGAUGCUUUGCGUGCACUCGGCGGCGGUGGCGAGCUUGCGUGUUGCAUUCAUGCCGGCACGGAGAUAGACCGUUUUUGUCGGCGGUUGCUUGAAGCUCAUCACAAACAGACUAGGAGCGAGCAUCUGUUUGGGGAUCUUCUUGAGAGGGUCAGGAAGCAAGACGUGGCAGCUGUGGAGGAGCUGCAAGGCAAGUACAAAAAGCUCUUCGAUGCUGAGGUUCAGCGUCGGUCUAAGACUGCCGCAAUCAGCCCGGCCCAGCGAAAGACCUUGGUCUCUAAAUAUGGCCGUGCCUUUGUUACAGCAUCCUUGCAAUAUCUUUCGACCAAUGCGAGCCUCAGCAGGGCGUGUGAGUGCCACUGCUACAAGCAUGACAGGUGCUGCCGGAUAUGGCCAGAGAACAGCAAAGACAAAGGCACGUUGCACCUGGAGGUAGCAGGUGUAACGUGCACUCCCUGGUCCAUGUCAGGGAAGCAGAUGGGUUGGCUAGACCCCAACUCCAUACCGUGCAUCGUGUGGAUGUUCAGCAUGCAAGUAGCUUCUCCAGGUAUUAUUGUGAAUGAAUGCACUCCUUUGUUCGAUGUAGAGGUCUUGGAACGAGUUCUGCAGGACACACAUGUUUGUGCCACCAAUGUGUUCGGCCCAACAGACAUGGGCGUCCCGUGCAACCGUGUACGUCGGUACACAGUGCUGAUCAGAAAGGAUUUGUGUUGUGAUUUGGGUUUCUUCUCGAAAGAGACCUUUCGUCAUCUCAUUGCAGCACCUGUGGCCACAGAUGCAAGCGUCUUCUUGAGGGCAACGCCUGAUCAGAUCCAAGCCUUCAUGAACGACCUCGCAGAGCAAAGAGGUUUGCAGCCGCAAGCCGGGAGCAUGGGCUACAGUGCAGCAGUCGUGCUCAGUCCUUGGUUGAGAAUGCAGCUCGCGAAGUACAAGGAUGUGGUCCAAGAGUCUCCGCGGUAUUCUGGCAGAGCAGCAAUCUUCGUAGAUCUUUCUCAGGAUCCCGUGCAGCGGCCGAGAGUCAGUGACAUCAUUCCGUGCUUGCUCCGAAGCUCAUUCCUUUACUCAAUGGAAGCCUGCCGACCUUUGCAUCCUCUUGAGAUUUUGGCUGUGCAGUGUCUACCCGUGACCCUGGAUCAGGCGACCAACAUUGCAGGCAACACGAUGUUCCUGCCCGCUGUGGGCAGUGUGCUUUUGCUUGCGCGAGGCAUGUCGGAGUUCCAGCUCAGCUUUGACUUGGAUGAGGACAUGGCUGGUGUUGAAGAGCGUGAUGGGACCAUGGAUGCAGCAGUACCUCAGGAAGAUGAUCCUCAGCCCCCGCAGGCCAAGGCGGCAUCAAGGGACUUAAAGGGCCGUCACAAGUCCACCAAGGGCGGUAAGGACUCCAAGACUCUUCGCCAAUGCAAGGCCUGCCUGCAGAAGAAGCCCGAGUCAGAGUUUGCCGUGAACCAGGCAGUGGAUAUGGAAUGCAAAAAAUUCUUGGACAGCAUCAGCAAGCAGGCGCGGGCCCAAGGUCCGGAGGCCGUGAAAUGGUACCAAAAGACGAGAAGCGACCCUACCAAGUGCAAGAAGAUGAUCGAAAGUUACAAGGUUGCUUACAAAAGCUGGGCCGCCAACGGCAAGCAGGGAAAGCUCAAGUGGAGUGUUAUCCAGUAUCGGGAGAGCCUCUCUGCAGAGUCCGGCAUGCGUGUCUCCGAGAACCAGCAAAUGAUGUGGGAGAAGCAAGCAAAGCUUUUCUGGCAAAGCGUUGAUGGCGGUUGCUGGACAGAGGAGGAAGCGGAGCAGAAAUGGGCAUCCUUGGUAGCUCUGGCAAAAACCGGCGAGGUUGUGAGCGACAAAAAGGGCCCUGAGCGUAAGCCUCUUCGCAUCGCCGUCACCAAAGAGGACAUGGUGUACAACUACAACGAUGUGUCCAAGAAGCGGUCCCUUGACUUCAGCGACAAGCCCGUGAAGAACAUGGAUGGAAACCAGCUGGCCCAGAUGAUGUUGCAAGGAGGUGCUGGCCAAGCUUUUGAGGGUGCCACCUUGAAGAUUGGACAGGUGCAGAACCUCCUGCCCGAAUCAGAUGAGGAACCACCGGUGACCCCAGCAAAGAAGAUGAAGAAGGAGGACGAGCAGGGGGGAGAGGGUGCUGACGAAGCGGACACUGCCAAUGACGCCGAAGACAAGAAGGGCAGUGAGAAAUGGUUCGAUAAGGAUCGAGCAAUCAAUGCCGCGCAAAAAACCUUGGGUAGUCAGGAAAAGAAGGUUUUGGAUCUUCACAAGCUGCGGGUCCAGGAGUUGACGGCUGCGCUAGAGAUGAUUGCAGCUUUGGCGCCUGAGGACAGGGAGCACUUUGCAGGCGAGCACAAGAUCGCAACUGUGCGGCUCAACUUCUUGCGUGCGAUCGAUAGUACAUCACAGGAGUUGGAGGGGCUCAUUCAGAAGUUCCAGGACCCAAUCUCGCCAAGCAAGACUGAGGCUUCGGAGACGGCCUCAAUGGCUGGUGUUCUUGCACUUGGGAACUCCCCGCCCUGCAAGACAUUCGCGGAGCUAAGGCUUCUCGUAGAGCUGAGUGCUUGCAAGGAUGAGGUGCUCGGUUGCACUACGAUGGAGGAGAUCACGGAGCACAAGAAAACGUUUGCAAAGAUGAAGGCCCCGUUCCUUGACCUCCUUGGUUCGGCUCAUGCUGCUCGUCUUUUCAAGGUUGUUCUGAACGACAUCAAGAAGGUACAGAAAGUUCUUGCAUCCGAGAAGGCCAAGGCUGCGACUUCUAAGGCGAAGCCGCCCGGCAAGAAAGACAUGCCUGGUUCGACGCCACAGCAUGCCAUAUUCGAGGAAGCAGCCAACGUCAGUCAAAAGUUUGAGCCCGUCGGUGAGUCCAACUGGAAAAGUUUGCAGUUGGACCUGCCAGCCAUCAUUAACAUCGAGCCGGACACCUUGGGCAAGCUCUUCAGCGUGGAAGCCAAGCUUGGUCUGGGCCAGUUGAAGAAGAUGUUCAAGGCAAAUGGUGCCCAGACCCCACGUGCGGAAGUGGCUUUGGACCUCGUUAUCGUUCGCAACAUCGCGAGCGCCCUCGAGCAGAAGAUCCCCGAGGGCAUGAGUUUCUACAUUGGCAAGGCCGAUGCCGUGGCCACAGCAUCGAAGGAGUUGUCCGACCAGCUUCACAAGGCCAUGUUGACAACAGGCUACGCCAUCAGCCCUGGCCAUGCCACCUUCGCUAUGGAGAAACUGUUCUUGCCGUGCCUGCGCUUCGCAAGCGAAGGCAUCCGCCAGAUUGUGCUGCUUCCAUAUGACAAGUUGAUGCAUCACUUGGCGCCCGAGGCAAAGGACAUUUUCGAUGCGCAGGUCAAGCAGAGUGCAACACAGUUCCUCAAGUUCUGCAGUCAGGACAAGUUGAAGGCCUAUGUGGACUCAGGUGGCAAGUGCUAUUCUGGAAAGGUUCGGACCGGGCAGGUGCUCUACAUUCCAGCCGGGUGGGCGUUUGCCGAGAUCACCAAUGAGUUGUCGCUCGGUUUGAAGACGCCCCUGUUCACGGACAUGCCAUGUGCUCGUGAGUUCUUUGCAAAAGCAAAGAGCUCGAACAGUGACAGCCCGGGUGCUCGCGAGCAGCAGCGAGUUGCUGAUGCGUAUCUUCAGGCCAUGAGUAAUCAUGCAAAGCCACAGAACAAGGAUGCUUUGACAGCGCUUUGA